AUGGUACGCCGAACGCCAGCUCGUUCCACAAGGAGCCGAGCCAAUCCCGUCGGUCAACUUAAACGCCAGAGACAGACAGAUGAUUUUGCUCCGGAUGCCUAUCGAGAACUGCUGGAGGAGGCCGAAGCCAGAGAUCCUGCACAAUUUGCUUCAGACAGACCGAUAAAGAGGCGGAAGGCUGGGGAUAUGAAAGCUAUCCCUGUGAGAUUAGGUACCUCGGAACAAACACAUUGGGAUGCCGAAGCAAACGACCAUAACACACAACCAGUGCAAACUGUUUAUGACUCGUCCACAUCAGAAGAAUCAGACGUUGACUGGGAAGAUGUUGAAUUACAACAACCAUCUGAGUCUUUGGUAAAUAGGCAUCUUACCUCUCAAGGCGACGAUGAGGUACUCCAGAUCACACUAGAGCAAAAACCCGAGAAGCAGAAAAAAGCAGCCCAAAGAAGGAAGCCAUUGAAUGGAGCAGAGAGAAAAGUCAGACUGGACGUGCACAAAUGUCACGUUCUCUGCCUUCUUGGCCAUGUACAGUUGCGCAACAUGUGGUGCAAUGACGAGGAAUUACAGGAGUUCUUGAAGAAGACACUGUCUAGAAAUGUAGUUGCUCUUCUUCACCCAGAUGAGGGUAAACCAAAUUACAGCAGAUCAACCACGUUCAUGGACGGUCUCAACCAGGCUGGAGAUGCCUUCGCACGCAGAUUUCGGGUCACCAAACCAGGAAUGAAACGGGCUCACUGGGUGGAAACUGAAACGCAAUUGAAGCAGAAAUUGAAGUCAAUCAUGUCGAAUGCCGAAGUCUUUCUAUCCAAAGAGGAUUUCCGAAUCCAAGCAAAGAUGAUGGAAGGAUCCCGGGACUUCGGAGCUCAGCUAUUCUGUGCCCUAUUGCGGUCUGUAGCCGUAGAGGCGAGACUUGUAUGCUCGUUGCAACCGUUGCCAUUUUCUGGUACCGUGAAAGACAUUACGCCAUCUAAACCGAAGCCUGAAUAUAUCGUGAUAUCCUCAGACGAUCCUGGAUCCUCAACAGAUGAACGCAGCAAGGGCGAAAAGUCACCUGCGGCUCAAAGGCCUCGACGGAUUGGACAGCCUAAAUUCACUCCGUCCCGUGCUCCUCAACCAAAACUCCACUCGGGUUUGAUUCCGACACCACGGGAGUCAUCAUUUCCAGUAUUUUGGGUGGAAGCUUUCAAUGAAGCUGCACAGAAAUGGGUUCCAAUUGACCCUGUCGUCACGAAAUCCCUUGCCAAACCUUCAAAAUUUGAACCGCCCGCGAGCGAUUCCUUGAACUUGAUGAGCUAUGUGGUUGCUUUUGAGGAUGACGCAUCCGCGAGAGAUGUAACUCGCCGAUAUGUUAAGGCAUUUAAUGCAAAGACGCGAAAACUCCGCGUGGAAGUCACAAAGAAUGGCGAGGAGUGGUGGGAUAAGGCGCUAAAGGCCUAUGAAAAACCGUUCUUCGAGGACCGGGACGAGGCAGAGAUUAGUGAAUUAACAUCCAAAUCAGCAGCUGAGCCCAUGCCACGAAAUAUCCAGGACUUCAAGGACCAUCCUGUCUACGCGCUUGAGCGAAACAUCCGUCGCAAUGAAGUGAUCCAUCCGAAACGAGUCAUUGGGCACGUGGGGCUGGGAAAAAGCACAGCACGGAGUGAGAUAUCAGAACCCGUCUAUCGACGAUCUGACGUGCAUAUUGUACGAAGCUCCGAUAGAUGGUAUCGCCUCGGACGGGAUGUUAGAGUUGGCGAGCAGCCUCUUAAGCGUGUUGCUGCCAGUCGAAACAAGGGCGGGGGCUUCAGUGACGAAGAAGAUGAAAACGAGCCCCAAGAGACUACACUCUAUGCCGAGUUUCAGACAGACAUCUAUGUCCCACCACCGGUGGUUGAUGGAAGGAUUCCGAAGAACGCAUAUGGAAACCUCGACGUCUAUGUGCCCAGUAUGGUUCCGCCUGGCGGGGUCCACAUCAAGCGGCCGGAAGCAGUUCGAGCUGCUCGAAUCCUUGGGAUUGACUACGCUGACGCAGUCACUGGAUUUGAAUUUAAAGGCCGCCGUGCGCAUGAGGAAGUUUUGAGGGGUCUCGAAGAUGAGAGGCGGCACGCUGCGCUGGAGGCAAGAACUGCGGAAGCUCUGCGGGUCUGGCGACUCUUUUUGAUGAAGCUUAGGAUCGCAGAAAGAGUCAAGGAGUAUGCCAGCGAUGAUGAAGAAAAACAGCCCGAAGACAUCGAAGACGAAGCGGAUGUUGAAGGUGGUGGUGGUGGUGGUUUCUUUCCCGAACCAGAUCAACUAGCCAAUAGUCCACCUCAGAAAGCCCCGGGAAACAGCAAAAUAGUGCAUGAUCAGCAUUUACCCGAAGACUACACAGAAAGAGAAAUUGAACCGUCACUGGAAGAGGAGGAGUAUACCCUUGGAGGGGGCUUUCUUCCCGAUGACCAUGAUCCAGCUCCAAACCCGGUGGAACCUCCAAAGCAUGCGGGGUUGGCUACAAAACCGACAUCGAUUCCUGAGAGUAUUGCCAGGAAUAGAGCAUUGAAAGCGCCUCGCUAUUCACUGGUGGUGGUCCCAACCCACAGCUCAAAACCGACAUCCGCACCUCAGGCCCUCACAGGAUCAUCUGACAAAGUUCCUAUCAGCGUAGAAUCUUCCGCAAAUGGGGGCUCCAAAUCUGCAAGUGUGGUCACUAUCUCUCGACCACCGUCACCAGUGCUCAAUUAUGAUUCUGACAGCGAGAUCGAGAAGGGGUCUUUGCUUUCUGAGGACCCUGAAGAUGAGGAUGCAAUUCCCGAAUGGCUAAUGUCUGAUGAGGACUAG